AUGGCUGACUUCGUAGAGUUGAAGGGUGAGUCAAAACCGUUUUUUCUUCUUUACAUUACACGCUGAUAAAAAAAAUCAUUUAUUACAUUCACUGUAUAUUACUCUCACGGUUUGAGUAUCCCCCAAGCCAUGCACAUCGAAGCUCUAAAAUUGGUGAAAAGUUGCUGACGUAACAAAUUAACGUUAUUCAGACGGACAGGAAAUUCCUUAAAAAAAAUACUUAAGCAGGAAAGGAAAAGAUUUAUUUUUUCAUGAAAUUCACCGAAACUUUGUUGUUGUUUUUUUUUAGCUUGAAAACUAAAUUUUGCGUUCCUCAGAACUGAGCGGAAUUCCAUAAUUUCAGCGCUACGGCCCUCGGAUAAGGAUUUCAACUGCCUCAAAUGAUUAUUAAACACUGCAUAGCAAUAAUGAUUUCUGACACUGAAAGACGAUAAAAACAGACAGUUGUUGCUGUUGUUUUACUGUUUGUUGACGUACAAAAAACGGCAAAGGCAUUAUUAUUUAUCACCUUUGAUGACGUAUUUAUGACGUAGUUAAUUGCGCUCGUUUAAUACACAAAGUAACCGUCUCCUAGAAAUAUGUAAUUAAAAAGAAUCAACUUCCCCCCGGUUGUUUAAAAGUUUGAUAGAGCUAUCCAUCGGAUAGAUCACUAUCCAGGGGAUAAGAAAACCAAUUGCGUUGUCCAGUACUACUUGAUAAAGAUUUAUCCAGUGGAUAUAUUGUUAUCCGCCUUUUAAGCAACAACCGUGCGAAAGCCAAUUAGUGCUAACCCGGGGUUAAUUUUUAAUCCCGGUUUUCUCGGAUUAUUUUUAUCAAUUUUUUUAAAGCAUUCAACAUCAAGUUGUUCACAAAGAGAAUGAAACUGAAUUUGCUUUUAACGCUUUCAUGUCUGAAUUCAAAUUUUGCACUAGCCCUGGGUUAUCUUAACUCAGCUUUCAACAACCCGGCCCUGGGCCAGGCUGCAUAAAACCUUCUCAGACAAACGGGCUCUUAACUUUUGUUCUGGAACAAUAACCUCUUGUUUUGAAGUACUUGUUACGAGUUCCCUUAAUCUUAAGACGAUUUUGCAACCCGACCCUGGAGGAUGCCAGAAAUACAGCGGGUCGGAAAAGCAUGCGCGCUCAGAUAUAUUGCUCUACUUGUAAAAUUUCUAUGUCAUUCAGCUAUGCCUUUCGAACCUCUAUUUUUCCUUCUUCGAAAAUGGAACUUUUCGGAACAUAAUUUGCUAGAAGAAUACGAAUGUUUCAAAAUAAUUCGUUAGCUUAGUUUAGAAACGAAUAAAAUACAUUAGCCUUGCACUCAAAAGGGCUACUGAGAACCAAUUUAGAGACCAUUUCAGCCGUUUACCUCUCUCUUUAUGAAUCAACAAACUUGAGGUCUUUGUGAAAGACUGUAAGCUUUCUUGAACUUGAUAUAUUCAGUACAGUACUUUAUUUGUUCUCGUAAAUUUGAGGUCUUGUUGAGUAUUGAGGGGAAUCCUGGACAAGAAUGUUAUUGUAUCGUACCAUAAGAUGUAUUGUAUCGAAUUUGCCCGUAUACUGUCUUAACGUACCCGGUAUGCCGUUAUGUCGUACUCGGUUAUGUUGUAUUGUAACUGUAACACUGUUAUGUCGUACUCGGUAACCUCAUAUCGUAACCAGAAUAGAAUUAUAUCGUACUCCAAUGCUAAAGUAUCGUACCCGGUAGCGGCAUAGAUCGUAACUUGCAUGCUGUUGUUUCGUACUCGGUAAGAUGACAUAGUAACCUGAAAGGUGUUGUAUUGUACUCGGUAAACUUAUAUNAAACGGGCUCUUAACUUUUGUUCUGGAACAAUAACCUCUUGUUUUGAAAUACUUGUUACGAGUUCCCUUAAUCUUAAGAUGAUUUUGCAACCCGACCCUGGAGGAUGCCAGAAAUACAGCGGGUCGGAAAAGCAUGCGCGCUCAGAUAUAUUGCUCUACUUGUAAAAUUUCUAUGUCAUUCAGCUAUGCCUUUCGAACCUCUAUUUUUCCUUCUUCGAAAAUGGAACUUUUCGGAACAUAAUUUGCUAGAAGAAUACGAAUGUUUCAAAAUAAUUCGUUAGCUUAGUUUAGAAACGAAUAAAAUACAUUAGCCUUGCACUCAAAAGGGCUACUGAGAACCAAUUUAGAGACCAUUUCAGCCGUUUACCUCUCUCUUUAUGAAUCAACAAACUUGAGGUCUUUGUGAAAGACUGUAAGCUUUCUUGAACUUGAUAUAUUCAGUACAGUACUUUAUUUGUUCUCGUAAAUUUGAGGUCUUGUUGAGUAUUGAGGGGAAUCCUGGACAAGAAUGUUAUUGUAUCGUACCAUAAGAUGUAUUGUAUCGAAUUUGCCCGUAUACUGUCUUAACGUACCCGGUAUGCCGUUAUGUCGUACUCGGUUAUGUUGUAUUGUAACUGUAACACUGUUAUGUCGUACUCGGUAACCUCAUAUCGUAACCAGAAUAGAAUUAUAUCGUACUCCAAUGCUAAAGUAUCGUACCCGGUAGCGGCAUAGAUCGUAACUUGCAUGCUGUUGUUUCGUACUCGGUAAGAUGACAUAGUAACCUGAAAGGUGUUGUAUUGUACUCGGUAAACUUAUAUCGUAACCUGAAUGAUGUUGUAUCUUACCCGGUAACCAUAAAUGGUAUUCAGAAAACUCUUAUAUCGUACACCGCGACCCUAAAUUAUAGUCGGGAUGCUGUUAUAACGUUGCCGUAGCCUUCUUUCAAGUCGUGGAAGGUGAAAAUGUGGUCAGUGGAUUUGAGGCCCUUUCUAGUGGGUAUCUCCUAUACGAAAUUGGACAGGAAUGCGCGUCGGAAAAGUAGAAUUAAAGCUCAAUCUAGUGGAGGUCAAUUCGGACGUGGCUUAGUAACUAUUUGCCCUAUAUGUGAGAUUGUAAUAAAACCAACCUUCUCAGGCAUGAUCCUCCCCUCUUGCUCUGGGAACGAGCUUGUAAUAAAGCAGGAAAUCAAUUUUCUAUGCAACCGUUUAUUAAAAGCCUAAACACCCUAUCGUCCAAGUAUGAUACCAAAAUCUUCCUAGGGUACUCCCCUAAGCGAGGUAAUUGACUGAGUGGAGUGCACAGACAGUUAAGAAGAACUCUUACGAUAUACACUGACCUCACAGUUGGUAUCCGUUUUUAUUUCCCCACAGCAUAUCAAUGGAUGCCAAUUAUGUUAUACAUUUUUGCUGCUUUAGUUGCGGUAACAGGAGUGAUUUGUGUUAACUGGAAAAGGUGUAGAAGGUAAGAUAUGUAUUAUUCUUAUAUAUUUGGACGCGCGCAAUCUUAUACAGUGACCUUUCGUCUCCUUGCUAUUACGGACACCCCAGUAAUAUGGACAGUAACUGCGAACUCCAUGGUAAAUGUAAAAAGAAGGGAUGUCUGUAUAUAUAUAUUUUUUGGACGCGACAAGAGACUAAUUAACUCUCUAUGUCGUCCGCUUUGGUAGUACAGUUUUUGGUAUUAUCGUUAUUAUUUUUGGUAUUUCGUAUUAUUCUUCCUGGACCCAUUCAGCUUUGCAUAAACCAUUAAGAUGGUAAUUAGCAAAAUUAGCGAGGUUAGAUAUUUCCACUGGUAUCUUAUUUAGCAGAUUUUGACCAAUUCUGACAGAGUAACAGACAAAAAACAGGAGACAUUUAGCUAACAUCGAUUAGAUUUAUCUCUUUCUUGGAAGGGAAAGCAGUUAAAAUUACUUGCGAAAGAAAGACGAUAAAGUGGGCAAAAACUGGAUAUUAAAAUAAAAGCAAUUAAAGUAAAAAAGGAGGGAGGGAUAAAAAAUAUAGAAAUAGACUCACAAAAGUCCAAAUUUUGGCUUACGAGCAUACACUCAGAAACAGAAAACGCUGCUUUUAUUACACCCAGAUAGCAGGAAAUUAUGUCAUUAUUGCUGGAAAUUUCCUUUGUCGCCAUUCCCAUGCUAACUGGCUGAAAAACGGUUCAAAAAAGGACGAUUGGGUCAAGCAGGUUUUCCCCUAAUAAAUGGCCAAUUGCAAAGGUUAUGAAUUGCAGUCAACUCUCUUUUAACGGACACCUCUAUAUAGACGUACACACCCAGAGUUGCAUUGGACUCUGCCUUUCUAUGCAUUCCUUUAAGUUGACUCUGUCUAAGACGGACACAAUGCUGGUCUCAAAGGAGUCCGUCUUACGAAAAUCAAAUAGCAGAUUAGAAAUUUAUUAUCUCAACCAUAUUUUCUCUGUAGCAUAACCCUGGUCAGGACGAAUGUGACUCAAAAGCAACCAUCGCAAACGACAAGCGUUCUCCUUUUCAAUAUCAAUCUGAUGAGAGAGAGAUUUCUGACAUUUGAAGUUCGAAGGAUGUUAGGUUUACGGAGGCUGCGCAUUCACCUCGUUAGCCUUGAGUCUGUAGCAGAAGACGUCAUUCGUCUUAAUAACAGUUCUCAAGAUACCUGUCAUUUUCAAGGCAGUACAGCGAACAGACUUCUACCGGUGGUUCUAGUGACGUCUCUUCAAGAUAACCUACUGCGCGUGUGCAGAGCAGCAACAUUUAGCGAUGAGUUCGAACCUAAAUUGACGGUACGUUCUGAUGGUGCGGCAAAAAUUGCGGAUUGCAUUGGGAAUCCAGGACAUCUUGAGAUGAAUAAAGUGAUCUUUCAAUUACGCAAUGGAAUUAAAUUAAUAAGGAUGAUUUUGACCUGCAGAAGCAGUCCGACCAUAGAUGAAGGUGUUUUGAUGACCACAUCGUUCAAAUUAGUGGUAAUGGAUUCCAGAUCAGGAGGACUGAAUGCUCUGUUACCGCUGCAAGAGAGUCGAGUUGUGCCUCCACUGCCAUUCACUUGUGGCGCUACUGAAGAAGGCGUCAGAGCCAAUAGACAAUUUUUGCGUCUGCUUGCGCCAAGAGAUAAGAAGUCGAGAGAAAUCGAGUUCCAAAAUUGCCCAGUCCAGAGAAUCGAAUUCCAAGACCUCAACAACGCCCGUAAUAGUGGCGGAACAACUAUGCACAGGUUUCAAGGAUUUCUACACUUUCCUGAUGUGGAUGUAUCUACGGAACAAAAGUCGCACGGACUGAUGGUCAGUCCUAAAGAAUUACAUACUUUUGUUGAUGAGAUCAACUUCAGUGAAACCUCGCCGCUCUCUGCCAUUGUACAUGUAGGAUUCAACACGGAUGCCUCCACUGUUCAUUGCAAGGCGCAAGUUGCUGUUGCAUUCAAGGAAAAGAAAAAGUGGAAAGGUGGUGUUAUGCAAGCUGACGACAGGAUUAGCCUAGGCGUUCACGACUUUAAAGGUUCUUGGCUUCGUGCCGUAACGUUAAUGCUACAAUUUUGGCAAACUGAUUCUUGCAUAAGCAGAGAGUUGCCAACUUUUUGCCGAAAGAAAAAAAGCAAAAAGGAAAUUAUCUGUCUAAAAAAUGGUCUCUCGCAGAAUUCCAUAGAUAUAAAUCGUUUUGUCAGUAAAAGCACUUGUUAUGGCAGUCAACUUGAGAGAGACCAUGCCGUUGCUGACAUGCAUCAAGCAAAAAUGUUGAACAGUCUUAAAGACGAUGCAGUGGUCAUAAAUCUUCUCCAGGAUUGCCACAACAGCAGGGAUGACUCUUCAGUCUGUGCUGUGAAUGUAAGUGAAGCGAGAAAGCGUUGUUGCGGUCAAGAAGUUCUACCUGGAGCGGUACAGGUCCUUCAUUCAGAAGCUGGUCAGAGUGGACUGUUUUGUCAACGGCAUCAUCAACAGAGCAAAUCAGUUAAUCUCGACGAGGACGACUUUGAUGAAGAAGCAGAAGAUUUUGACGAUGAAUCAGUCUUAGAUUCACUGGAGAUAGAAGACGAAGAUCAGUUAGAUAUGAUUCUGCAAGAUGUGCAAGAUGAUUUACAAAAUGCGAAUAACGACCUGAUAGGGAACGAAGUCCCUAUUGCAGCUUGGUUACCUGAUAUGGGCCAGGGAUACCAAGUAUUUCCGGUGCCUCAUGAUGAAGUCCCUGAAGGACAUGGAGUACCUCAAAAUUUACUAAACGAUGUUCAAAUGGAACAGCAAGCACCAGAAGGUGAAGAAGACGCCGGAGAAAAUGAUGAAGUUGGUGAUAACUUUCUCCAAGGACAACAUGUUGUUAACGGUGAUGUUAUUGUUCCUUGGAUGCAAGAACAAAAUGGAAAUCAAUUUCAUGAUGAUGAAGUCCCCUUGGGACAGGAACCAAUGCAUAAUCAAAAUGCAGCACUCGUGGUACUUGAAAUUCCUGCUAAUGCGCCACAAGCCCAGGGACCACAAGAAAAUGCCGGACCUCAGGAUGAGGCACCUCAGCAUUUCCCCAUUCAACAGCAGCAUCUUAAUGCAGUUCCAAAUGUAAAUGAAAAUGGUGCACAAAAUGAUGGACAAAAUGAUGUACCUGAUGCUGAUGGUGCUGAUGAACACCUUGCUGUUCAAGCACCCCUUCCUCCACCUCCCCCUCCACAUUUGCCACCGCACGAGGAACACCCUCCACAGCAAGUGCAAGCUAACCGGCCACUGAAUAGACUAAGGGCCGCAGCAAGAUAUAUAAAGCGUCGGUUUACAUGGAAUCGCCACGGGAACUCUCACCAUGGAAACCCGCUGUACGUUCCUGGCGCACCAAGAGAAGAGCGUGCUCCUCUCGGUCUUGAGGAAGCGCCUGCACUCCCAGGGGAUCAGUUGAUACAGAACGAGGUCCAAAGGAUGGGCUGUUUUUCUGCUUGCUUUGGAUUUCUCUUCCGCCGCCGGAUAAGAGCGGCAGUACAAGUGUACCCCCAACACAGUGAGCAAGCACCUGAGUUUGAGGAGGUCGCCCCAAUGCCACAUGAGGUUGAUGAAGAAAUAGUAGAAGAAGAGGAGGAAGCAGAUGCAGAACCUUUAGAGGCAGUGGAAGAAAUUCCACCGCCAAAUAAUGUACUCAUAUUUUGA